AUGCCGCCUGCUGUCCAAUACGAUGCAACAGAUCCUCUUUCACGGUUUUUGCUACCACCACCUGGCGAAACACCCGAAGACAGGGCUGCGCGUCUGCAAGCAGAGGCUCUAGCAGUUCAGAAAAGUCGUGAAAUCGACGAUGAGAUUAAAAAGCAAGCAAAAGAUAAGAAAGAAUUCGUCAAAGUUCUCUUGCUCGGCCAGGCCGAGAGUGGCAAAUCGACGACCCUAAAGAAUAUGAAACUCGUGUAUGCAAAGGACUCGUUUCGCGCCGAACGAGGUAGUUGGGUGCCAAUUGUGCAUUUCAAUAUCUUGCGACAGAUGGUCUCGGUCGUUCGCCUCGUCGAGGAAGCUAUUGGCUUGCAAGAAGCCGAAGAGGCUUCUAGACAGCGUGAAUCCUCAGAGUCAAGGCUAGACCCAGAACGGCAAAGCGUGGAGGCACGGGGACGCCUCCAAUUUACAAAUGAUCAUAGGGUAUUAUGUAUGCGGCUCCGACCGCUCCUCGACCUAGAGUCGACGUUUACGGCACACCUGAACCCCUACUUGUCGCCCGCUCUAGACUCCCAACGGUCGACCCUCGGGAGACGAGAGGUAUUUGUCCAGUCCCAUUUUGCAUGGAUCAAACACUUUCAGCCCGGGGGCUCGGUUGGGGUGGGAGCGAAUGCUGGCCAGCAAAAUCACCAUCGCACUUCAAAGGGCGAUGCACUCCGCAAUGAGCUCGCACGCGUCUUGAAUGCACUAGCGAAGACCAUCCUCGCACUUUGGACCGACCAGGUGGUCCGGCGACUCUUGAACAGCAGAGGCGUGCGACUUGAACUCGAGGCUGGCUUCUUCCUCGACGACGUUGAGCGUGUCACCGCUCUCAACUACGAGCCCACUGAUCUGGACGUUUGCAAAGCACGGCUGAAGACUGUCGGGGUAUCAGAAACCCACCUUGUUGUUUCCUCUCUAUUCCAACAUAAAUACUGGGUUGUGUACGAUGUCGGUGGCUCGCGAACACAGAGGGCGACGUGGAAACCAUACUUUGAAGAUGUCAACGCGAUAGUCUUCCUUGCGCCACUCAGUGCCUUCAAUCAGCAACUAGAAGAGGACCCAGAGAUAAAUCGCCUCGCCGAUUCGCUCAUGCUUUGGAAAGACAUUAGCGGCUCCCCUCUUCUGGUCAAUGCUCAUCUUAUCCUAUUUCUCAACAAGAUUGACCUCCUCCAAAAGAAAUUGGAGCAAGGCAUCGAGUUUGGAAACUACAUCCACCACUACUCAGGCAGCAAUGACCUAGAGGCGGUCUGUAAGUACAUGAAGAAAAGGUUCCUCUCCGUGAACAAAGAGGCACAAUCGAAGAUUAAACUAUCUUCCAAAUCAUCUGUGGCGCGUCUCGUGCGCGUGUUCCCCACGUCGGUCCUCGAUAUCGAGGCUACUUCCCGUAUCAUCGUCCAAGUUCAAGACACUAUUUUGGGCAGCGCUAUCCAGUCAUGCGAUCUUGUUUAA